AUGUUCUGCUUAUUCAUUCUUAAACAUUCUGCUGCUGAGGGAGGCGCUAGCAUAUUUUCUGAAUCUAGUGAAGCUGUUUCCGUGAGCCAAACAGCCUUCGGCUUUAGAGAAUGCGAUGAUAAUUGGCAAAUAAAUUCCUCAGAUUUGAACUCUGAGAGUACUCGGCCGGACGAUCCUCGCCCGCUCGACAUCAUCCGACAACAUUACCUGAUGCCGGCCUCUGCAGAGCCUUACGCGUUUGCAGUAAUGUCUGUUCCUUCCGUAGGCCAGACAACAAUUGUCGACAACUUUUUCAAACAAAAGACACACGGAGUGUUCGUCGAGUGCGGCGCUAUCGACGGCCAGUUUCUCUCAAAUACGCUAUUUCUGGAACGUUUCCGGUCCUGGACGGGCUUGCUGAUAGAGCCCGAGCCCAGAAACUUCAAGGCUUUGAAGAAACGACAUCGCAAGGCUUUGAUUGCAAACUCUUGUCUCUCCAGUAAACCCCAUCCAAGCGAGUUCGUUUUACGACAGGCAUGGGCCCUUAGCGAGAUCCUCGACUUCAAUAAUAUAAGCUACGAUCAUGAGACUAUCGGAAAUGGGGACGUGAGCUACAAAAUAGUGCAAUGCUUCCCUUUCUACUUCUUCUUGCUGGCCGCCAACAUCACCGCCAUCGACUACUUCAGCCUCGAUAUUGAGGGACAGGAACUCAAUGUGCUCAAGACGAUCCCGUGGCAUCGAGUCGAUAUCAAGAUGAUUUCAGUGGAGCACAAGCACGUAAAGGAAGGCAAGGCGGCCGUCAACGCCCACAUGGCGGCCGCUGGCUACGUCGCCUACGAAGAAAUGACUGACGGCGCCGGUACGCCCGGUGACGUCAUCUUUGUCAGACGCGAUCUCGUGGAGUGA